AAAGGCAUCUUUGUGUGUCUGUUGAUAAUUAUGGCAGCCGGUCCAAUUGCGGAGCGUAAUCAAGAUGCAACAAUAUACGUUGGAGGUUUGGAUGACAAGGUUACAGAAUCCCUUAUGUGGGAAUUAUUUGUUCAAUCAGGUCCUGUUGUUAAUGUACACAUGCCAAAAGAUAGAGUAACCCAAAUGCAUCAAGGAUAUGGUUUCGUUGAAUUUAUGGGAGAAGAAGAUGCAGAUUACGCUAUUAAAAUCAUGAAUAUGAUCAAACUGUAUGGCAAACCUAUUCGUGUAAACAAAGCUAGUGCACAUCAAAAGAAUUUGGAUGUUGGAGCAAAUAUAUUUAUAGGAAAUCUCGAUCCAGAAGUAGAUGAAAAAUUGUUGUAUGACACAUUCAGUGCAUUUGGCGUGAUUUUGCAAACACCAAAAAUAAUGAGGGAUCCUGAGACAGGUAAUUCAAAAGGAUUUGCCUUCAUUAAUUUUGCUUCUUUUGAUGCCUCAGAUGCCAGCAUUGAGGCAAUGAAUGGUCAGUAUCUGUGCAAUCGGCCAAUUUCGGUGUCUUAUGCUUUUAAACGUGAUGCCAAAGGCGAGAGGCACGGUAGUGCUGCCGAAAGACUUCUAGCAGCUCAAAAUCCUCUGAGUCAAGCGGACAGACCGCAUCAAUUAUUUGCGGAUGCGCCUCCUUUGGCGCCGCCACCUAUGCCAAAUUCAAACGCGAAUGCCCAUCAACCUCCUCAUCAUCCUCAGCAUCACGUGAUGCAUCACGGAAUGGUCGUACCACCGCCGCCACCACCGUCUACUCCUGGACCACCGAUGGGUCAUCCACCUCCGCCACCUGUCCCACCGCCACCGUCUGGUGGAUUCCCACCAGCGAACAUCCCUCCGCCUCCUCUGCCUCCGAUGUCCAUGGCAGCGCAUCCUCCUCUACCACCUGGUAUGCCACCGCCAUUGCCGCCCAUGCCGGUGCCGACUUCUCAGGGGCAGUCAGCUUCCAGGAUGAUGGCACCACCACCACCACAUUGGGCCGUCGGAGGACCGCCACAGGGACAAUUUCCGCCGCCUCCGCCACCAUCUUCCGGCGGUGGACCUCCUCAAUUCGGGCAAUAUCAGCCUUCGCCGCCAAGACCACCUCCAGCUUGGCGGCAUCCGCCACCACCGCCCGUUUCGCAAGGUGGUCCACCACCGCCACCACCACCCCAAUUCCGACCACCCUUCCCACCAAGAGGACCACCGCCACCACCACCGCCACAUGAUGGCAACCAAUAUUAAUAUUCGUGACUUAUAUACAUUGUGUGCACAAAUAAUAAACGAUUCAAUUUU